AUGGAAGCGAUUGAGCGAUACCCCAUAUUCCAGCAUGAAGCUCUCGACACCACGCAACAAUCUAUCCGUCUUAUCUCGAUAGACCCUGAAUUAUCACCAGAAGGUCUGGUGCAAAGUACGAUGCAGCACGCAACCAUCGACGCGCAUUACAACUGUUUGUCCUACCGAUGGGGAGCUGCAGAUUUUUCGCACACCUUCCUUGUCAAUGGGAAGCGGCUUCGUGUCAACCAGAGCCUCCAUGACUUCCUCGAAGCAGUGCGGACACUUCAAUACCCAGCGCCAGGCCGGAAGGAAAAGCUUCACUUGAGGAGCUGUCUCUGGAUAGAUGCUGUCUGCAUCGAUCAGACCUCGAAUCACGAAAAGAACCAUCAGGUCGCGCAAAUGGGGAAAAUCUAUUCCAAUGCGAGUAAAGUCGUCAUGUGGCUGGGCAAAGUCCCUGACUCUGGCAAGCGCCGUUUCUUAGAUUCAGCAGAUGAACGCAACAUGGAAUUCAUUCUGCACAACAAGUACUGGACCCGAGCCUGGGUAGCGCAAGAAGUUUUGCUGGCCAGAGACCCAGUUUUAGUGGUCGCUGAUCACCUGAUUGCAUUACCAAGAUUUGUCGAAUAUCUCGAGGAUCGUCCCUCGGAAUCGUGGGAGAUGAAAUGGAGGCGAUAUCAGAAAGUUGUGCUAAGGCAAGCGCCUAAUCCAAGCCGAGUCGAAGCAACCGGCGUACUCUGGGCGUGGAUUCAUAACCGCAUCAUGAAGAACAAUAGCAUCAUGGAGUGGCUGGCUGUAAUGAAAGGACUUGAAUGCAGUAUCCUCCAUGAUCGAAUUUUCUCUCUUCGGGAACUGGCCGUAGAGGGCAGUCGUAUUCAUGUCGACUACAGCAUGCCGCUUGAUGAACUGGCGUAUCACGUACUAAUGGCCACGAACCGCAACGUUUGUCUGUGCGAGGUCAUCUUAGUGGCCGGACUGCUGCACUCAGUAGAUGACGCAGCGUACUCUUCAGCCUCCUACAGAUGA